ACAGUAACCUCAACUCCUGCCACAAUGUACAAGAUACAACUCUUGUCUUGCAUUGCACUAACACUUGCACUCGUUGCAAACGGUGCACCUACUUCAAGCUCUACGGGGAACACAAUGAAAGAAGUGAAGUCAUUGCUGCUGGAUUUACAGUUGCUUUUGGAGAAAGUUAAAAAUCCCGAGAACCUCAAGCUCUCCAAGAUGCAUACAUUUAACUUUUUCAUGCCCAAGGUUAACGCUACAGAAUUGAAACAUCUUAACUGUCUACUAGAAGAACUCAAACUUCUAGAGGACGUGCUAAAUUUAUCUCCAAGCAAAAACCUGAACCCCAAAGAGAUCAAGGAUUCAAUGGAUGAGAUCAAGGAUUUAAUGGACAAUAUCAAGAGAAUAGUUUUGGAACUACAGGGAUCUGAAACAAGUUUCAAAUGUGAAUAUGAUGCGGCGACAGUAAAGGCUGUAGAAUUUCUGAACAAAUGGAUUAUCUUUUGUCAAAGGAUCUACUCAACAAUGACUUGAUAACUAAGUG